AUCACAGCGCGGUCCAGCAGAGCCGCAGUGUUUCACAGCAACCGUUCAGAGGGGAAAGAAAACAAUAACUGAAUAAAUUUGUUGUUUUUUUGGGAUUUAGUGUGAUGGAAGAGCACAAGAAGGACAUGGCUCCUGUUUCCGAGGAUGAUUUUAUGAUUGUUAAGGAAGUGCAGCGUUUCCGUUUGAGCUUUUGAUGCUUUAGAUUGCAGAAACAUUAGCCUACCAUUAUUAGCUGUGUAUAAUAAACAGUGCAGGUUUUAUUUAUUUAUUUUAUUUUUUUAUUCUUAUCACAAUGAGGUUGUCGGCGUUUUUACUGAACACUUCUGCAAAAAUUGAGUAUUAUUCCAGAUUUUCACCAUCUCCUCUCUCCAUCAAGCAGUUCCUGGAGUUUGGACGGGACAAUGCGUGCGAGAAAACCUCGUACAUGUUCCUGAGGAAGGAGCUGCCCGUGCGACUCGCCAACACCAUGCGGGAGGUCAACCUGCUGCCCGACAAACUGCUGACUCAGCCCUCCGUCAGACUGGUGCAGAAAUGGUACAUGCAGAGUUUUCUGGAGCUGCUGGAGUAUGAAAACAGGAGCCCAGACGACCCGCACGCGCUGAACGACUUUCUGGAGAUUCUUAUCGAGAUCAGGAACAGACACAACGACGUGGUUCCCACCAUGGCCCAGGGCGUGAUCGAGUACAAGGAGAAGUUCGGCUUCGACCCGUUUGCCAGCUCCAACAUUCAGUAUUUCCUGGAUCGCUUCUACACCAACCGUAUCUCUUUCCGCAUGCUCAUCAACCAGCACACACUCCUGUUCGGUAACGACACAAACCCGGCGCAUCCCAAACACAUCGGCAGCAUCGAUCCCGCCUGUAACGUAGCCGACGUGGUUAACGAUGCGUACGAGAUGGCUAAGAUGCUGUGCGAGCAGUACUACCCCACUGCCCCGGCGCUGAAGAUUAAAGAGUUUAAUGCUAAAGCUCCUGACAAGCCCAUCCAGGCCGUGUAUGUGCCGUCGCAUCUGUUCCACAUGCUGUUCGAACUCUUCAAGAAUGCAAUGCGAGCCACAGUGGAACAUAAUGAAGAAAAUAAAGAUGAUCUUCCACCUGUUAAGGCUAAAGUGACCUUGGGGAAGGAGGAUCUCUCUAUAAAGAUCAGUGACCGGGGUGGAGGCGUACCUCUGAGGAAGAUCGACAGGCUCUUUAAUUACACCUACUCCACCGCUCCAACCCCCAGUUUAAACUCCAAACGAGUUCCACUGGCCGGAUUUGGUCACGGUUUGCCGAUCUCCAGACUCUACGCUCGGUACUUUCAGGGAGAUUUGCAGCUCUACUCGAUGGAAGGCGUUGGCACGGACGCAGUCAUCUACCUGAAGGCUCUCUCCAGCGAGUCAUUUGAGCGGCUGCCAGUUUUUAACAAGUCGGCCUGGCGGCACUAUCAGGGAGGCCCCGGAGCGGACGACUGGAGCAACCCGAGCAAAGAGCCGCGGGACGCGUCCAAGUACAAAGCGAAGAGAUAAAUCCACCACCAGACCACCAGUGCACUCCUCUCUCUCUCUCCUUCCCUCUCAACUACGAGUGUUAUCUCUCUCCUUCUCUCUGUGUGUGUGUGUGUGUGUGUGUGGGUGUGUGUGUGUGUGUGAGCAUCCCUCAGCACAGCCUCUGCGCUUUUCCCUCUUCUGAAAUAUCAGUCACAGCGCCACGCCCCGCCCCGCCCCGCCCCGGUGGUGAGAGAGCACAGACUUCCCCGUGCCUCGGAUAGCAGAGGCCUUGACUUCCUGUCUGUAGUGCCACACGAUAUCAUCACCUCUCUUCAGCUCACCUUAACAACAGAAAGGGAAAGUAGGGGUGUGUUUCAUAACACACUGCUGCGAGAUUUACACGGUAAAACGUUAGUCAGCUCCCGUAACCUUUCCCUACACGCAUGAGAGCGCCAUGAGAGCCGGAAGAUAUUUAACGUCUAAGGUACAGGAGUACAUUCUUCAGAAGACCGAUUCAGCAAAUAAGCAGUUAUAAUACGUUAUACAGAACUCAAUAUCGUGUUAUUAAUUUAAAAAUUAUUUAUUAGGUUGCAAUUUUAAGGGACGUGCAAAUAGAGCUGUGACUGCCAUUAAAAAAAAAGUUUCAGGGUAUUAAAAAUAAACAAAUUGAGCUUCCUGUGAAUAUUUACGUACAAAAUAGUGUUUACACGUCUUUAUGAUUCCCUUUUUUCCUCGUUUUAUGCCAAACAGACACUGAAGUAUAAGAAAUUUAAAUUAUUCCAAAACCACUACCAACAUUCCAGUAUGAACAAUACAGCACUGUAAAGAUCCAGACCUUUAUAAAUGAGAAAUAGUUUAAUUUAUGUUUAUGUAAAAUGGCAGACAGGAGAUUUUAAAACAUUGUAGGAAUU